AUGAGAUUAACACGUAGGGUUUCGGUUCCCGGGCCUAGCAGAGAUAUUGAUCUCGAAAGAAACACAGAUUUAGAAAGAGAAACAGGAUACGAAAUGAACUCAUUUGGUGAAAAGGCAUCAAGUGCCGACAUUAAAGUGAUCCCUGGUGUGCCAGAUUAUGACGAAUAUGAAUCUAUUCAAGAACCAGAAACUUACAUGGAAGAAACAAAAUUAUCAUUCUUUAAUCGUUUCGUUGCUUCUUUAAAUGCGGAGACGAAGGGGGUUGAACCUGUCACUGAUGAAGAGAAGACUGAUGAUUCUAUUAUAAAUGCUGCAUCAAUGUGGUUCUCUGCUAAUCUAGUCAUUGCCUCUUAUGCAUUGGGUGGAUUAGGUCCCAUUGUUUUCAAUUUGAACUUUGGUACAUCUGUAUUAGUUAUCAUAUUCUUUAACAUAUUAGGGUUACUAUCAAUUGCAUUCUUUUCAGUAUUCGGAGCUGAGUUUGGACUAAGACAAAUGAUUCUUAGUCGAUAUUUACUAGGAAAUAUUACAGCAAGGAUAUUUGCCAUCAUUAACAUUAUUGCAUGUGUGGGUUGGGGGGUCGUUAACACAGUGGCUUCAUCCCAAUUAUUAAAUAUGGUGAAUACACCCAAUAAUUGUCCUCUGUGGGCUGGUUGUUUGAUUAUUGUCGGAUGUACAGUUUUGGUUACUUUCUUUGGCUAUAACGUUAUCCAUGCUUAUGAAAAAUGGUCAUGGGUACCGAAUUUUGCCGUUUUCUUAGUUAUUAUAGCACGUUUGAAGAUGUCAGGUGCCUUUACAGGUGGUGAAUGGACGUCUGGCCCAACUACAGCAGGAAAUGUCUUAUCUUUUGGUGGUGCAGUGUUUGGGUUUGCAGCUGGUUGGACUACAUAUGCAGCAGACUAUACGGUUUAUAUGCCUAGAUCUACCAACAAGUAUACCAUUUUCUUUUCAUUAACAGCUGGAUUGUCUCUUCCUCUAUUUUUCACAAUGAUCCUAGGAGCAGCAUCCGCCAUGGGUGCCGUCAAUAACCCAGAUUGGAUGAACUAUUAUAAGUCGAAUGGUAUGGGAGGUGUUACUUAUGCCAUCUUGGUUCCAGAUUCAUUACAUGGAUUUGGUCAAUUUUGCUGUGUGUUAUUAGCAAUGUCUACUGUGGCUAACAAUAUCCCAAAUAUGUACACUAUUGCACUAUCUGUCCAGGCGUUGUAUCAACCAUUCUCAAAAGUUCCUAGAGUGGCUUGGACCAUGGCCGGAAAUGCAUUCACUUUAGGUAUUUCAAUUGCUGCCUGUUAUUAUUUCCAAGGGUUUAUGGAGAAUUUCAUGAACUCUAUCGGUUACUACUUGGCCAUUUACAUUGCUAUUUCUCUUUCUGAACAUUUUAUAUAUAGAAAGGGUUUCCAAGGAUACAACGUUGAGGAUUGGAACACUUGGUCAAAAUUACCAAUCGGUAUCGCAGGUACCUCAGCUUUGAUUGUAGGUGCGUUUGGUGUAGCACUUGGAAUGUCACAAUCAUAUUGGGUUGGUGAAAUUGGUAAAUUAAUUGGCGAUCACGGUGGUGAUAUUGGGUUUGAAUUAGGUGCUAGUUGGGCAUUCAUUGUAUACAACGUUCUAAGACCGUUAGAAAUUAAAUAUACAGGUCGUUAA